GUUUAUGUACAUGAGAAAUGAAAGUUGACAGUUGAGUCAAAACCCAUUCUUGCCCUUAAGUGUAUUUAUAUGUAACUUAGCUUUAUGUCUCUAGUAAAGAACAGACAGGAAUCUUGGUUUCGACAAUGAAAUUUUACUAUAACAGACAACGAACCUUGAACUCAGUCCCAAUUCCGUAUCCCGUUUGCUAUUGAUUGCUGUAGCGACAGGGAUAACUGCAAUUAAAACGAUAACUGCAAUUAAUACUGACACGAAUGUUAAACAUGACAAUGACGACAAAAACCACAACAAAACCAAUCGACUACUUGUUUGGUAAUUCAUGACAAAUCACCCACCACCCAACGAGUCCUACUCGUUCGGACUACUCAGUCAGGCUGCUGCUGCCUGUUGCCAAUGGAUGCUAACGCAUGUGGCUAAUCAGAUCAAUGAGUGUUUCCCCUCACAUACCAAGCACAGAGUUGGUUGGUAUUCAUUCGCGUUUAUAUAUCUUCUUGUACCAGUUAAAACAAGUGAUGUUAUCCAUGUGAUUCUAAUAUCUAAGUCAUUGCGCUCUGGUGACAAGGUCCUGUUAAUUAUCUUUACUCUGCCACUGAUCACUGACACGAAAUGAUUCUCAGUCACAACUAAAUGCUAAAGACUCCAAUCUAUCCAACAGUUUUCAUGUUAUUUUUCUUUCUAACAAAGCAAUGCACUUAUGGAUAGCUGCUGGUCUAUCACUGCGGACUGUUAAACGCUUUUCAAAGAGGGCAGUAAAGUUAUAACGAUAUUAUCCGAAAACAACCAUGAAUCGGCUACAUCCUACAUUAAAUGCGAGCAAAAUUGAAAGCUGGUUGGAUGCCAAUCCUGAGAGUGCCUGUGAUUAUUUUCUUCGGAAAGCUGACAUAACUCUAAUAAACAAAUGGUUGGUUCUCCAUGGCUUCCAAUCACUUCAAGAAUUUAUAAUCAAAAGAAAAGGAUCCUCUGGCCAAGAAAGUCUGACACCCACAUCUCCUAAUGACUUAAAAUGUAACAAUGAACAAGCUUUCUUCUCAGAAUCCAAGCACCAUAGAUCUAAUUCUAAGAAACAUUUACGUCAAGAUUUUGCGAAGUCAAAAUUACGCAAUAUAUUCCGUACAUAUUGCCCAUCAACAUAUACUUUUGAUUCAAAUACUGAGGCCAGGCGGAGUAGUUUAAAGGAGAUGCGCCAGUUUCGUUCUUUGCCGCCGACCUCCUUAAAUAUGCUAAGCAUGCUCAUUGAGUCAAAGAUCCGAAUUCCACGCUACCCCAGCAAGGAUAUUGACAUGAAACGGGAAAUGUUCCAUUUGGAUGAAAAAGAUUUCUUUUUAGAAAUAGUAAAAGAUAUCUCAAAUGAUUUGAACCUAGCCAGUUUGAGUGCUAAAAUUGUUGCCAACAUUAGCAUCCUUGUAGAUGGUGAUAAAGGAUCACUCUUUUUGGUUGAUAAAUCAAUUAAAGAAAAACCUGUUUUGGUGUCCAAAAUCUUCGAUGUCCAUUCUGGUACUACCCUGAUGCCAUCAGUUACAACCGAUGCUAGUAUUACAGUUCAGUGGGGAAAAGGAAUAAUUGGUCAUGUAGCUGAAGUGGGAGAAACUGUAAAUAUCGGAAAUGCCAGUAAGGAUCCCAGAUAUAAUGAUGAAGUUGAUAGAAUAUUAGGUUACAAAACCGAAUCUCUCUUGUGUAUGCCAAUAAAGAAUUCAGGGGACGAAAUUGUUGGAAUUGCGCAAAUCAUCAAUAAACGAGGAGGCCCUGAUGAAAAGAAUUUAUUCACCAAAGAGGACGAAAAGCUUCUAGCAACUUACACAACAUUUUGUGGAACCGCCAUUCAAAAUGCACAGCUAUUUGACGCAUGCAGUCGAGAAUAUGAGCGAAAUAAGUCACUUUUAGAAGUUGUGCAUGACCUGUUCGAAGAACAAACCAACCCAGAUGGAUUAAUCUUGAAAACUAUGAAUCGGGCACAGACUUUACUGAAAUGUGAACGCUGUUCAGUAUUUUUACGAGAUGGAACUUCCGAGACGUCCUUCAAAAAAGUUUUCGAUCUGGCCAAUCCUUUGGCGAACGGUCAUUCCGUAACGCAACAAGAAGAGGCAUGUAAUAUUGGAGGAAGUAUUCCUGAACUAGUUCUCCUAACCGGCGAAUCUAUCAACAUUAGUGAUGCUUAUCAAGACUCCAGAUUUGAUCAGACGGUUGAUAAGAUGACAGGAUUUCAUACUAGGAGUAUCCUUUGUAAGCCAAUAAGAAAUAGUGAUUUCGAAAUAAUAGGAGUAGCGGAAGUGGUGAACCGACUCGAUGGAUACCCCUUUGAUGAUCAAGAUGACCAACUAUUUGAAGCAUUCGCUAUAUUUUGUGGUCUUGGUAUUAACAAUGCCAUACUCUAUGCGGAAGUAUCACUGGCUGCUGCCAAGCAGCAAGUUGCACUUGAGAUGCUGUCUUAUCAUGCUUCAAUAACACCAGAGGAACUAAUGAAAUUGAAGGCUAACUCUAUACCAGAAACUGAACAACUGAAGCUGACAAAUCUCCGAUUCGAUGACUUUUCAUUGCAUACAGAUGAUAUGGUCCAAGCUGGUGUACGAAUUUUUAUGGACCUCGGGCUCCUAAGAAUCUUUCGAAUUGAUUACGAGACAUUGUGCCGUUGGUUACUGACAAUCAGAAAGAAUUACCGAAAUGUUGCAUAUCACAACUGGAGACAUGCUUUUAACGUGUGCCAGGUGAUGUUUUCUAUCGUAAAGACAUCCCGUAUCCAGAAACAGUUAAGUGAGAAAGAAGUUUUAGCUCUCAUAGUCGCCUGUCUUUGUCAUGAUUUGGAUCACCGAGGAACGAACAACGCUUUCCAACAUAAGUCGAGUUCAGCUUUAUCUCAGUUAUACGGUACUAAGGCAACUCUAGAACACCAUCAUUUCAAUCAUGCCUUAAUGAUACUCAACAGUGAUGGCCACAAUUUGUUCGCCAACUUAAGUUCAGAAGAUUACGCAGAGGUUAUUAAUCUGUUAAAACAAGCAAUAUUAGCAACGGAUAUAUCUUUGCAUCUACAAAUACGGUCAAAGUUUUUUGAUAUGAUCGAUAAUGAAGUGAAACAGCUUGAAGACAAGAAUCAAAACGAAAUUCUCAGAAGUAUUUUGAUGACAACUUGUGAUAUCGCAGCCAUAACAAAACCGUGGAUUGUACAACGACGAGUUGCAGAUUUAGUGAUGUCAGAAUUUUUUGAUCAAGGUGACAAAGAAAGAAAAGAACUGAAGAUUGAACCCAUGGCACACAUGGACCGUGGGAAUGAGGAAGAACUCCCUAAAUUACAAUUAGGUUGGAUUGAUUCAAUAUGCCUACCUCUUUAUCAGGCCCUGGCACGUCUUGACAGUACGUUUGAAAUCAUGGCAAACGGUGUCUUAGAAAAUAGAAAUCAGUGGCUCCAGCUGGAGACAGAGCGCCUUAAAAGCAGGAAAAGUUAUAAAAAAAUAGAAACAGGUGUCUAGAUGAUAUAUACCUUCAUAUAUACACGCAAAUAUAUAAAGAUAUCUCUUGUACAUGGCAUUUAUGAAUACAGAGUUAUGCAUCCAAAAUUUUUUGUAGUCAGUGGAAGAAAAAUAUAUAAUUUGUUUAUAAAUUCAUCAUAUCGAAUACAUUUUGCGUCUAACUUUUAGAAGAUAUUUAUACAUAUAUAAUUUGUUAUUCAAGAUAUAGAGAUAAUUCAAAUUAUAAAAUUCAGAAUGUGGAUAUUAUAUAUGAUAUGGUGGUGGGAAUAGCAAUGAAAGUUAUAAUGAUUUCAAAUUUUAGCAGAAGGCACAUCGUCUCCAGUGUUCAACUGAUACUUAUUUUAUCGACCCCAAAAGAAUGAAAAGCGAAAUCGACCUCGGCAGCAUUUGAACUCAGAACGUAACAUGAAAUGCCGAGAAGCAUUUCACCCAGCGUGCUAACGAUUCGACCAGUUCGCCAUCUAAACAAAGUCGGUCUCGGUGGAAUUUGAACUCAGAACGACUCUAAGCGUGUUGUUUGACGUGCUAACGAUUCUGCAAGCUUGGAGCCAUUACAUUCAAUUGUUAGCAUCAUAUGAUGAAAGAAAACAUUGAUAACAAGUUAAAUAUGGUGAAAGGAAACAUUGAUUACAAGUUAAGCGCCUCUUCCAGUAAUUAGAACUAUAAAUACGCCGAAAGCAGAGAAUAAAAACAAUAAUAACAACAUCACCGUUGUUGUUGCUGUUUUUGUUGUUGUUGUUGUAGUUGUUGUUGAGGCGGAGAGCUGGCGGAAUCGUUAGAGCGCUGGACGAAAUGCUUGGGCUACGUUUUAUGCUCAAAUUCCACCGAGUUCGACUUUGCCGUUCAUCCUUUUGGGAUUGAUAAAAUAAGUGACUGUUGAACACUGGGGUCGAGAUAAUCGACUCAUCAUCUCCCCCGAAAUUGCUGUCCUUAUGCCAAAAUUUGAAGCCACUUAAGGCAGCGAGUUCGCAGAAUUGUUAGCACGCUGGACGAAAUGCUUAGCGGUAUUUCGCUCGUCGCUUCGUUCUGAUUCGAACUCCACGGAGGUCGACUUUGAUUUUCAUCUUUUUUGGAGUCGACAAAUUAAGUACCAGUUGGGUACUGGGGUCGAUAUAAUCGACUUAACCCCUGCCCCAAAAUUUCAGGCCUUGUGCCUAUAGUAGAAAGGAUUAUUAUUAUUAUUGAAGUUGCGAGCUGGCAGAAUCGUUAGCAUCCCGGACCAAAUACUUAGUGGCAUUUCGUCCGUCUAUACGUUCUGAAUUCAAAUUUCGACGAGGUCGACUUCGCUUUUAAUACUUUCGAAGUCGAUUAAAAAAGUACCCGUUCAACGCUGAGGUUGAUGUAAUCGACUACCCGCUUCCCAAAAAUUGCUGGCCUUGUGCCAAAAUUUGAAACCGAUACUUUCUGGCAGAAUUGUUACCGUGCCGGAAAAAAAUGCUUCGUGACUUUAUGUUCUGAGUUCAAAUGCCACUGUGGUCGACUUUGUCUUUCAUCGUUCCGCAGUCGAUAAAAUAAGUACCAGUUGAACACUGGGGCCAAUGUAAUCGACUUAGCCCUUACUCCGAAAUGGUUGGCCUUGUACCAAAAUUUGAAACCAUUAUUAUUGUUGUUGUUUUACUUCUCAGAACGUUCGGUCUUGUUUGCUCUGGUAGAUUCUGUGAGAGCGGACAACAGCCUGCUGUCAGAGGUCUCACAGGGUCUCUUUCUGAACAUUAUAAGCUUUGACACUUGGUCAGUAAUUAUCGUGUCAGUCAUUCAACAUCCAAGUACCUAUCUCAAAAUCCUAGCUGUCCCCAGCAGAGCAGUUUUUUGGGACUUGCUCUGCUCUCAUGUCAAUUUCGAUUUCUUUGACUUAUUAUUAUUAUUAUUAUUAUUAU